UAUUAACCAUAUAUAAUAUGUUAUAGUCCCUUGCUCAUGUGUUUUUAAUUUCAUCUGUUCAUAGGAUAAGUUGUAGGGAAAACCGCUUGCGAACAUAGUCGAAUUUGUGUGUGUUAUUUCUGGCAGUCAUGAACAGUUUAAAAUCAGUUUAUCUGGCUAUGGUUCGUAUUUACAAUUAGCACAAGUUGGUGUUGUUAUUAAGUCCUUAAAAAUUGUGUUAUAAUUGUUUUUAACAGUUUGUAUGAAAAGUGAAAAUAUGGUGUCUAAGAAAAAAAUAUUAUCAAAAAGGGAGGAUCAGUUUUUUAAAUUUAAAUUUUUUUUUUUUAAAAGGUACCUUUUAAUUUUUGUUUCCCCCCCCCCCCCCCACACACACACACUCACACACUUAUUCUCCUUUUUUUCUUUCUCAUUCCUUGACCAUGUGUUCUCGAGUCUUAGCAUAUCUAAUCAAUAAUCACAUAAUAAAUAAUGAUGGUCAAUGCUGUGUCAGUUGUAGUAACUUAUAUUGUAAGGCCUGAUGUGAAUUAAUAGUAACCUAUAUGAUUUAAGAAGUUAAUAUCUCCCAAAGAUCAUGUCCACAAAAACAAUCAUAAUUAUAGUGUGACGUAUAAAACAAAAGGGGGAAAAUGUGCAAAAAAAAAAUGGAAUUUAAGUCAAGCUGUGAUUAGAUUACGCUGAUAUAUUUUUAUUUGUACUCAAAAUCAAAUCAGUCAUAUCUAUAAACCACAUCUCUACCACUGAUCCCAAUUGAAGAUACAAAGCCUGGGACUGAAUUACAGAAGUUACACAAAUCAGUUUUGAAAACUAUUAUUUUAAAAAAUUUUUGUUUUGUUUUAUUUUUUUAUUUUUUUUUUUUGUAAUCGAUUGAUGAGCUUUACUAUUUAGCAAAGCAAAAAAGUUUAAAUUUACUAAAACAUAAAAAGAAGGUUAAUAUAUUGAAAAUAUGAAGUGUUCAAACCACAUCUCUGAUGUUUCCAUUGGGGUCUGAGUUGAAAAAAUGGACAUUGGGUUUCUAACACCUGGAGUCUGGCCAUUGGAGUUUUAAAACAUCUGAUGUCUGGAUAAUAUAGUGGAACACCAGGAUUGCUGGAGUCCAGACCGUGAAUUUUACACCUGCAGUCUGGAUGUUGAAUUUCACUAGUGGAGUCUGGAUUUCUGAGUUAAACACCUGGAGUCUGGACAUCCGAGUUUAACACCUGGAGUCUGGACAUCGAACUUAAACAACUGGGGUCUGGAUAUCAGAGUUAAAUACCUUGAGUCUGGAAAUCUGACUUAAACAUCUGGAGUCUGGGUGUAAUCCUAAUAUGGUUUGGUUCAUACACCAAAGCAUGACCCCAGCUAUAUUCUGAUUGACAAUUUAAUCCCGGGGAAACUGAUUUUACCAGCAUUAAAUUAACCUUUCUUAUCUGAUCAAGACCAUCUGUUGUAGUAUUGUUUUUGUUUAAACAUGCUGCCUUUCAUGGGAGCCAGUGGGAGGAGAGGACAAUCAGGCAAUAUAUGGUCCCUUUGAAGCACAGCUUUGCCAGCGAGAGAAGUAUUGAAGUGGUUCAAGUAAAUUAGUCUCUGUUAAGAGGUUUAGAGCAAGUACAUUUUAAAUGUCCUUUGGCUAUGGGGCAGUUAUCAGAUGUCAUUCAAUCUGGAUUUGAGCAGCUAUGACAUCCCAUGUCAAUCCUGACUUGAGCAGCUGUGAUGACCCAUUUCAAUCAUGACAGCAGCUAUGACAGCCCUUUUCAAUCCUGGCUAAAGCAGAUCUGACAGCUAAUAUAAUAGAAAGACCAUUUCAAACCUAACAUGAAAAGACUUAUGGAAACUUGACACCACAUGGCAUGAAUGUCAUGUUUUCAUUCACCUGAUAAUCCUUUGCUCUGCUCCUCACCGUCACGACCGAUUGCAGUGGACUUACUUCUCCUCCUUUCUUUCCCCUUUUGCCUGCAUUUAAUCUCUCACCUGCUUAUUUUCGGUCACAAUUCAUUUGCUGCCUUCUCAGAUACUACUUUUCAGCUAAGUGCUAUUUCUGUUUUUAAUGUUGUUUGUUUGCUGAUGAAGGCUUCCUGCCGACACGUUUAUUGUUUUGUUGCAUUCCUUUUUUCAGGUUUUCCCAUACUUUGUUUCACUCAUUUCCUUUUUUGCUAACCUUAAUUGCAGUCUAUCCCCCUUAUUACCACAUGAACAGCUAAGACGACUCAUUUCAAUCCUGACUUGGGCAGCAAUGAUACCUGUCUGUCCAAUUAAAAUGAUAAAAAUGCAGGUACAAGAUUUAUUCUUGCCACAGGAAAAUAUCACCUUGUGCUUUGUAAGAAGAAAAGUUAUGUGGAUUAAUAAAUGUUUAUUUUUUAAGUCUCUUAACCGGUAGAUUGGUAAAAAGGCACAAGGACCAUGGCAGAAUGUUCCACUGUUUGAUAUGUUUGACUUAUUUCUGGUGACACUAAGUCCUCAUCAUAAAUUUACGUUUCAGUGCGGUUGUUUCUUUAAAAGUGAUGGGAUCACAUAAUUAGAAGCAGCGUUUGUCCACUGUCCUUUAACCCCACAUCUCUACCAGUCGUUGUUUGUGACGUACUCUUACUGUCUCUCUACCACCAAUUCUCUCCCACCUCCUCUGUAUCUCUCGCUCCCUCCUGCUCUCCCACCCACUGAUCCACUCUCCCACGCACUGAUCCACUCUCUCAUCCAUCCUCUCUCUCUCCCACCCACUCUCUCCCCCACCGCUGUCUCUCUCAUAUCGUGUCUAUCUCUCCCUCUCUCUACUAAGCCAGGCUCUCCACAUCUUGGUCCUCAUGAUGAAUGGUCAUUUUUAUCAGAACCAUAUGAUGGUUUUGAUAAAUUUCGUAUACAAGAAUGCUUGUGAAUGCCAAUGUUCUGAACAGAAGUGCCGCCGUUCUGCACGAGGAUGCGAACUCCCUGUAUCAAUGCUAGUAAUACGUAAAAGUGCUUACAUUAAACGUCAGUUCACACGAUCAAAUUACUUCAAAUUUGCGUCAAAUUUGUGCAUGAACGCAUUAUUUUAUGCGUGGUUUCUUUUUGUUUUUUUUGUUGUUGAUAUAAAUGAGAAUUUGAUCUAAUAAUAAUUUGAAAUGUGUGACAAGGCUAGUCUAUACCAUAAAAAAAAAUCGCAUCAAAUGUACGAAUGAUAAUUUGAAAGGACUUUGAUCGUGUGAACUGAGCUUCAGUAUGUGGUUCCACCGGUCGUUCUCUCGUGUUUAGAUAAUUAACUGGUUUCAACUUGUCACCCAAGCAUUCAGACCAGCUUGAUGUUCAUUCAGAAAACCGAUUGGUCCGUGUUUUUAUACGUCAUUGUUUCAGUCAGUUCCCGCUCUCUAGUUUAAAUCCUAGAGAUUCACUCUCUUGUAAAGCGUCCUUGUCUUGUGUAGCUUCACUUUCUUGUAUACCGUCCCUGUCUUGCAUAGCUUCACUUUCUUGUAUAUGUUCACUUUGUUUUAUAUCAUCCCUGUCUUGUAUAGCUUCACUUUCUUGUAUAUGUUCACUUUCUUGUAUAUGCUCACUUUCUUGUUCACGCCCUACCUGUUUACACCGACCCCUUGAUGUAAAUGGAGGAACAACUGGGGCUAUUUAAAAUUAAAAUGAUUAUUUGAGUCUCUUUAUACGGCGAUUUUAUUCACUGUAUUAUCAAAUCGGCUAAAAAUAAAUUGUUGUAAUCAUUGUAAUCUUUUGCUCAAGAUAAGCAAAGGCAACUGUCCCCCCCCCCCCCAAUAAAUUAUAUAUAUAUAUAUAUAUAUAUUAUAAUAUAAAUCCAGAGACAAGACGUGCCUUUUUAAUGCGCUUCUCUAUCAGUAGAUCUACUACUAUAACAUUGGCCUGGCGCAGUGUUGCCAUAAUAACACUAUAUGGUUACAAGGAGGGCGUUUACAUUUUAAAAAAAAUUAGUUAUGUCUAGUGAGUCCUCAUUACCGCCCAAUACUUAAAUGUUAUCCCAUUUGGGGAUAGUUGACCCCGCUUCGCUGACCACUGCAUUGAUUGCUUGCACUUGUCAUUUUAAGAAAAGUCUGCUGCUGUUAUUUUUAUCCUCUAAGUCUAAUGCUACUUUUUAAAAAAAAAUCUCUUACAUAAAAACAACAAGCAAACACCAAACAACUGAAAUGCUGUGAAAUAAGUGUCCGGGUAGCGUGCAGGGACCCGGACACGGCGGGUCACGUGGUCUCAGUAUCCGGCGACUUUACCGAUCUGAUUGAAUUGCCAAUAAAACCGGUUCCAAACUCGGCCCAAUCCUGGGCUCUAAGUUGACGACGUCACCAGUGUCCAGUGUUAUCGAUUUUGAUUUCCGGCCGGUGCUCAAACUCAAACCUCCAGCCUUGAAGUCUUCUUGUUAAAAUGCUUGACAACCCCCCCCCUCUCCCCCGGGCCUCACCUUCCCUGCACUUUUAUCACCGGGGUUGGGGCAUAGCUCUGCGUCACGUCAAGUUGUGUUUUUUUUUAACCUUUAAAAGAUAGGCCAAGAUAUUCUCCCCCGGGCCUCACCUUCCCUGCACUUUUAUCCCCGGGGUUGGGGCAUAGCUCUGCGUCACGUCAAGUUGUGUUUUUUUUUAACCUUUAAAAGAUAGGCCAAGAUACUUUUAAAAAAAAAAAAAAUAUUUUUCACGAAGAAUAGUCUAAGUGUUCACCGGUCACGUGAGAUUUGUUUACUCAAUUUAAAAAAAAUCAAAACAAACAAAACAAAACAACUUCAUGCACGAAUGGUUAGAUUACAUGUCUGCUUCGAGCAGUGCUUCUCAUCAUUUCUAACUUUUGAUUUGAACAUAUUCCCCCCCCCCCAAAGCAACUAAUUUAUCUAUGGAAAAAGUCACAGUGCUAAUAAAGACUAAGUGGAACGCCAAAAAAAAAAAAAAAAAAAAAAAAAAAAAAAAAAAACACGAAAAAAAACAACCCCGCACUUGGAAACAAACGCAUAGGCAGGUCCGCCGUAAGAAAGCGAACUAAACAAAAUGCGCAAAUUAUUAUUAAGCGCACACGAAACAUGGGCACACGGCAACAUGCUUAGUUGGUCAGUGUGUAGAGAGAUUAUGCGAAAUGUGGGUGGAAUCCACGUUUUUUGUGUUUUUAAAUGUCUUAACGUGACUAUAAAAAAAAAAAAAAUGUAUCACAAAUAUAUUGUUUGUUGGCCAGUAAAUUAACAUGGAUAAAUAUAAUUAUAAUGCUCGUAAAAUUUACUCAGUGCGUCGUGUUCAUCUCUCCGACAUUUUUCAUUCAUUUCCAAGCGCAAUUUCGAAGGAUUGCGUCAUACCAAGACCUCGUGAUGAAAUGGGCCAUGGGAGUCUGCACGCGCGCCGGUAGGACAACAAGGGCACAGGCGUCGCUGCAGACGAUAACAUAAACACACAACACUCAGCACUCAAGUAAAAGUUCUCAAACUUGCUGAGUGCUGUGGUGCUCGUGGGGUUUAAAAGGGGGGGGGGGGUGUUGGGAUGCCAACCCGUGGACACUUGGUUGCUGCAUGCAAUCCCGGGAGGGGAGUGGCAUCGCUGCAGACGAUAACAUAAACACACAACCCUCAGCCCUCAAGUAAAAGUUCUCAAACUUGCUGAGUGCUGUGGUGCUCGUGGGGUUUAAAAGGGGGGGGGGGUGUAGUGAUGACAACCCGUGGACACUUGGUUGCUGCAUGCAAUCCCGGGAGGGGCGUGGACCAGGAAGAGAGCACUCUUCCAGUAAAUUCUUGUGUUUUGAAUGGUUUUGAUUUAAGCAACAUAGUAGCCUGUUUAAUUAUGUCACGGUGACCCUAUUUCGUGGUAUAAUACGAUGGGUGGUGGGGCAUGACAGAUCACCCCCCUGAGCACCCCAACUAGCUUGUUCUAUCAUUUGGCAUCUAGGGUUAUCAUCACCAAGGCAAGGAAACACCACCUGGUAUUUCUAGUUUCAGGAGUAACAUACUUAAAUAAAUAUUUAAUAUGUAUACAGUAUACAUUUUUAAGGAUGUUGUACACAGCGAACUAUCACAGCUACCCUUGAUAUUUGUUUGAUCCCACCACAACAGGGAAAAGGAACAUGUGCUCUACCAAAUAAUCUAGGCUACUGAAAAUAGUAUGCCAUUAUGUUAUACUUCAUUAUCAUUGCUUUUCAGCUCAUAAGAAUUUUUAUUUUAAAAAAAAAAUAUUUUUUUUAUUUUCUACAAUCUGAUCUAAUUUUUUUUCCCCAUUUAUAUUUUCAGUUUAUAUUUGAAUUUAAACCAAGAGUUUUAGUUUUACAAACAAAAAUUCUCUCCUGCACUUGUAAUUUGAAUUUGUUUUCCCUUGAUAUUGUCAGUUUACAUUUGUAUUGAAGGAAUAGUUAAGCACACACAAAUUCUCUCCCUGCAUUUGUCAUUUGAAAUUGUUUUCCCUUUCCAGCAAAUAAAGGCCUCAUCAAUAACGAAGAUGAAAGUGAUGAUCAUUGGGGCCACGGGUCCCACAGGACUUCUCUUGAUCAGCGAGGCUCUAGCCAGGGGCUACGAGGUGGUUGCACUGGUCAGGAACCCGGAGAAGCUGAACAUCAUACACGAUAAACUAAAGGUUAGUUUACUUUCAGUUAUAGUGUCUUCCAGGAGGCGGGGUUCCCUGAUCUGUCAAUCAAUGCACAGAGUCAGACAGUGAAAUAGAAUAGACAUAGGUUACACUUGUGUAACAUCAGUUUAAUACACAACUAGGUGUGUGCUACCAUAAUGUAUCAUCAAUGCUUAAUUUAAUUUGACAAAUAUUUAUUUGAAAUGAUCUUUAAUGUGAUAAAAAUUAAGAUAUGAAGUCUUGCUUUCUGCUGAAAGUUUAGGUGUCUACAAGGCUGUCCUAGUAGACGUUGAUGUUGGUGAUAGAAAUGCAAUACACACUCAAAAAAGCAACUAGUUGUUAAGAGAUAAUUGAAAGAAUUCAAAAAUAUGACGAGCACAUUUUUUUUUUCUAUCUGUAUAUUUCAUUCCUCAGAGUUCUUAAAUGUACAAUUACUUGGACAGGAUCUUAUCAUGUUGAAAUAACUCACAUAUGUCCCCCACAUCUAUGAGUGGUAUAUUACCUACUUUAAGAGGUUAAUAUCUUUGGCCUGCGCACAGGACACAUACAGCUUAAUUCUCACCUUAACCGCAUAAAACCAAACCCCGACGUGGCCUCACGUGGCCCCUCUGCAGACAUCCAAAUGAGACAGUAACACAUCACACCUUUCACUUCAGGACUUAGACCAUAACUACCUACCAAAAAUACCAGAGCUUAUCUUAAACCAACAGCUUAUAUUCAAACAAAGAACAGAUGCUGAUAGUUUACCAACUCUUCACCGUGGCACCAGGUCGAAGGGCACAAGCCCAAACGGCCACUGCAUCUGAAUGGUGAUAUUUUCCCACUUAUUUGUGAUACACUUAUUCUCAGGUGGUACAGGCCAACAUAUUAAAAUCAGAUGAGAUCGCUGAGAAUCUGAAAGGCUGUGACGCUGUCUUGUCUGCCGUUGGCGGUCGGCCAGGGAUCAUGACCCCGUGUGAUGUCUACUCCAAGAGUGGAGAGGCUGUGGUCAAGGCCAUGAGAGAUGUAGGGAUCAAGAGGCUUAUAGCCAUCACAGCUUGGGGCACUAAAGGUAUAGAGUAUGAUCAUUUACUAUGUUGAGAUGGGAUAAUUUACUAGGUAGACAUAAAAUAGAGAUGAAAUAUUUUAUAAAUUACAAUGUAGACAUAGGGAUAUUUAUUAUGAAGAGAUGUCAUAAUUUAUUAAGUAGAGAUGAAAUAAUUUAUAAUGUAAGAGUGAAAUAAUUUAUUUUGUAGAGGUUAAUAUUUUAUUACCUACAGAAGAAAUAACUUAUAAUUUAGAGAUUAAAUAAUUUAUUAUAGUGUUGAAAUAAUGUAUUAUGUACAUGUGAAAUUAUUUACUACUUAGCUAUGAAAUAAUUUACGAUGUAGAGACGUGAUAAUUUACGAUACUAAAAAUACAGUUAAAAUGCAUUUUCUGUAGCUAUUCACCAAUAACUGAAUAAGAAGCGAUGAUAUAUCAGAGAUGUCUCCUGAGUUUUAUUUUUAUUUUUAAUUUAUUUAAUUUUAUUUCAUGCAAGUCUUCAUCAUUGUAAACUAAAUGUACUCAAACUUAAAAUUGAAAAAGCGUGUGAAGGGUUCUUUGGUAAAUGUACUUAUGGUGGAAGAUGAAAGAAUUUGUUGGUGUGGAAGUCUUAGAAAAAGGUAUAGAGUAUUUAAGCUGGUGUCAGAAUGGUAAACAUUCAUAAAUGGGUUUAAAAAAAAACAAAAACCUUUUAUCAAUCAUUAGUCCACUCAGAAAUAGUCAUUAAGAUAUAAUCCAAAUUAGUCGAUGUGCUGAUUUGAUGAUGGGUCAAAGUUGAUGUGAGGCCCCCAUGGCGAUAAGUAUCUCAGAUGGUGAUGGAUGACAGCUGAUGUGAGGCCCCAUGAUGGUAAAAUCUCAGAUGGUGAUGGGUGACAGCUGAUGUGAGGCCCCAUUUUGGUAAAUGGCUCAGACGGUGAUGGGUGAAAGCUAAUGUGAGGCAUCAAGUGGCUCAGAUGGUGAUUGAAAACGUGAGAAUCCCCCCCUGAUGAUAAAUGUCCUAACUCUCAGUUCUAACUCUGCCAUCCCAGAUGACCCUGACCUUCCAUUCAUCUGGAGAUGGGUUCUCAAACCAUCAUUCCUGAGAAACAUUGUCAAAGACAUGGAGGUAUUUGAAGACUUCCUGACUAAAGACUGCGCUGACAUCAACUACACAGUUGUCAGACCUCCAAAACUUACAAAUAAUCCAUCAGAAGGUAAGCUUAGGAACUAGCAGCCUUUACAUUUAUCAAUCUUAGGAACCCUAGCAUCAUCCACAUUAAUGAAGCUUUUAAUGGUUUCUUAACAUAUUUAAGAAAGUUUUUUCUUAGCAUGUUCAUUAAGAAAUUUUUAAAAUUUUCAUUGGUGUUUAUUAUUUUCAAACCGAAUGGAAAAUUUUUCCACUUCAUAAGACUUUGUCGGGUGGGUGGGUAGAGCAGUUUGGCAUUUUUCAUAUCAAAUAACAAUAUGAAUCUUAAUUUUUUUAUUUUAUAAGAUGAAUUCAGUGACUGUGCCGUUUUUAUUAUUGUUUUUUUGAUGGGGUGUCAUAUGGGCGUGGCACAUGGGGGCGGCACAUUUUGAAAAGAUGUUAUUAAAUAUUAUUUUAAUGGCGUAUCAACUGUUACCAUUUCACUGAAAUUUCUGCUGGUCAACAAAAAAUUAUCUAGAAGUUUCAUUUGAUUCUUUAUAACAAAAAUGACUGGCAAUGGAUUUAUUUAUUUGAUGCACCUUUGUUUCAUGUUCUGACAGAAACUCUGUGGCCAGAGUCAAAGAUGUUCACCUCUAUUUAAAAUUUGCCUUUCUGCCUUAGUGUAGAUUUGAAAAUUAACCUGGUGAAGGUAGGCCAAGGUGCCACUCCCGCUCCCUCCUCCCCUGCCCCAUCUUUCCCCCCCAUCAUAAAAUUUUUUUUUUUCAUGUCUACGUUUCACAUCAGAUUGUUAUGCUUAUGUUUGAAUAGGUCAAAGUCAACCAGAAACUGUGUGAGAUAUUUUAUGUGUCACUGUCAGGCAAAAGGCACCCUUUACGAUACACGUAGCCAAAACCUUAUUUCAGUAAUGAAGUGCAUGUCAUGAACCAUAUCUUACUGAAAUAAUGAAGUGCCUACAUAAUAUUGAUGAAAUGAACAAUCAGUAGGUACCCAUAACUUGUUUCACAUAUCUCCUUCUACCUAACCUGAUUGCAGUCUCUCUCUCCUCCCCCCCCCCCCCCUUUUUUUUUUCUUCCCCAUAUUAUCAUCAUGAUCAUUAGAUGUCAUUAAUUAUUGUUAUGAUUGCAUCUUGAAUCUUGACGGGAUGUUCCAGGUGAGAAAGUUCUAGUCCAGGAGGGACUUUGUGUUGUCGAUGCCCCGAAUUCAAUAAGCCGCCAGGACCUGGCCAAGUUCAUGCUGGACUGUGUGACCUCACCAGACUACAUCAGGAAGAUGGUAUCAGUGGCUGGGUCCGGCCCAGCACCCAAGAAAUGAGUGGAUCAAAAUCUUAGCUCUGUGGGUAGAACCCAAUGGAUAAAUUAGCUCUCUGAUGAUGUGGAUAAUCGAUGUGUCGGGUGGGAGGGGUGUAUUCUUCCUCUAGGCUUCCAUUACAAAAUAGAUAAAAUUUAAGAUUAGCAAAAUCGUUUAAGUUUAAGUGACCAAAUAACUCUAUGUACUGGAAACUGAAGAAGAUUAAACUUAAUGCUUUUACUUGACUACCUAGAAACUCUACAGCAAAAAAAUAAAUUAAAAAGUAAAUAGAUCAAUAAGAACUAUAAUGAUGGAAAAGAUCUAUGAAUUUAUACAUCGUGUAAAUGAGUCAUUAAAUUCAAUAAUGUAAUGACUGAACCAAAUUGCUUCUUAUCUUUAGGGUGACUUGCUCAUUCUUAUAUAUAGGGUGACUUGCUCAUUCUUAUCUAUAAGUUGAUUUGCUUAAUAGCUUUCUAUGUAAACCUGUUUAUUGAUUUUGAAAAUUGAAGUCCUUUAAAAAAAAAAAAUUCAUAUUCAGGAAUCAUAUCCUUAAAUGGAAGUUCUCUUCAGUAAGUGCGCAUAACAUGCACAUUUCUCGUACAACCAAGAUAAAUAUACUUAUUAGGCACCACAGCCAUGUUGUUAACAGUUGUACGUGAUACCUGCAAUAUCAGUAUCCUUUUAUGUUUCAUUCUAUUUUUUAAUUGUUAUUUUUUCGCAUUAAAAUUUAUGAUAGUUUUUCAAAUCGUGAUUUAUGAUGAUUUCUCAAAUUGUUAUUUAUAAUAGUCUUUAAACUUGUUUUUCAUAAUGGAGCAACAAAUUUAAAAAAAAAAAAAUUUUGUGUUGGGGGACAUUUAUAUUUAUUUGCCUUGAUGCUGACCACAUUGAUCAUUUUCUAGCCCAUGAAAAAUCUCACGAUUGUGCUCCUGGUAAGUUAUUGCUCAGUAAGGCUAUAUGAUUAUUUCUACAUUCAUGAAGCUUUUUUUAAACCCUAUGAACAUAAAGCAACCUGUUACACAAAUCAGUAACACUUGAGCCAAUGCUGUAAGCUGGAACAGGCUGCUUAAUCCUAUGAUGAAAUUCACAGGACUUUUUAAUACUUUUAGAGCGGGACUUGGCAGUGGAUAUUAUUGGCUAUGUAAUGUUCGAUACGUUCUUCAUUUACCACCUUUGUGUGCCAUGUGCUCUCACAUGAAACGAUGGUGAACUAUUAGUCUUUUUAAGGCGUGGGCGGAUAUUGAGAAAAAAUUUGUAAAAAGCCCUGAAAAGUUUGUUUCGAAAAAAAACCCCAACGUUUUGCAAGACACUUUUAUAAGUUACAGCGAUGUAAAGGGCCACAACCUCAGCAAUUUAAUGAAACAGGUGACUCAUGAAUGCGCAGGUGACUGCCAAAUAAACACUUAUUGAAAUAUCAGUUUUGACACUGCAAAUGACCAUUCACGUUGUUACUGUCACAUUGUCAUGUUUAUGUGCAAUGAGUUUUCCCAACUGAAUGUUAAAUUAGUCAAGGAAUAUAGUGAAGUAUAAACAAAAAAAAGGCCUUGCAAAACAAUGAUGGGCAGCAGCGGCUGGAAGCUGAGUUCAAAAAUUAAUUCGCAUAAAGUCCAUCAAAAUUUCCAAGUUGUGCAUUUAUUGAUUCUUAAGAUUUACAGCAGUUAUUGAUUUUCAAGGAUUUAGGCAUCAGAGCAUUGGUGGUGGUUAAAAAAAAAUAGUUCCGAUAUAAUCCUGACUCAUUUUGUUGCAUGCUCACCGGCUAUGUCAAAACUGAAUGUCAUAUUUUUCUGUUGACGUAGCUAGGGUUAGUGCGGCCUGGGCCUGAAAAUAUCCCCCGCCCCCCUCCACAAAAAAAACAAAACAACAUUUGCCUCUAGCCCAACAUGCCACCCCUCGAUAUACAUAUAAAGUGCCACCUGGGGCUGAUUGCCCCCUUCCCAUGUGCCCUACACAGUGGUUACGCUACACCGAAGCUCCGGUAAACAGUUGGACAAUAUUGUUAAACUGCCGUUACCUGCAUUUUAAUUUCCACCCCCCGCCCCGUCCUAUUCUUUAUUCAUUCUAAGGGAUUAGGAUUAGUUUUCACUUACCCCCAUACAUUAAAGAGUUGGAAAUCAAUUUCAUUUUCAGCUGAGCUCAGGUUGUGUGUUAAGUUCCCUAUCGCGUGAUGUUUAAUUUAACAUUGAGUUAUGAGUCAUCCAUCUGUGAACAGUUAUUUUUAAGCCAUCCUUUCCAUAAGAAGCUGCGUCGUUUCAGUUCAAUAAAUAACAUAAAUGUGUAUUAUUUUUAAUUGGAAUUAUGACGCAAUUUUUUCCCCUUUUUUUAAAAGGUAAACAUUGAAAUAUUUCAAGCCUGUAUACUAUACUGUUUAUUAUAUCUUUGUUUAUUUGAUGUUGAUGUUGGAGACAUACGGUGAAGUAACAGCGGGUGUUGGAUUUGAUGUGAAAACUGUUGGGGCAUCCAUAAAUGAUGUCACCCAUCUGAUGGAGGGCUUUGGGGGGGGGGGGUGUGACAGAUUUGUGAUGAGGUUGUCAAACUUUUGUGACUAAUUUCGUGGCAAUAAGGGAAUGGGUUUGGUGGAUAAAAAUCAUCCAAUGUAGUUUGAUGUCAUUUAUGGAUGGCCAAACCAUAUCAUACAUUGAAUGUCUCUGCUGUCUUAUCAUGCAUGGGGUGGGGGUGGGGGGGGGGGGCGUCCUACUGCAAGGGAAGUGCCCAAUGAGCCACUAGAGAAAUGUUUGAAG